GAGCAAGUUCCUGGAUCAUCAAAACAAAAACAGUGCCAGCCCUGCCCUGCUGUAUCAGUCUGUUGCAUUGUCAUCAUGCUACUGAAAUCAUGUUGCAUUUACGGCACCGGAGCCUUUUCUAUUCUCAUGCUGAUUCUCGGCAUUUCCCUGGUUUUGUCCAGCGUGUUUCCACAUCUUCUACAGUCGAUGGUUGAAAAGGAAGUCGUUUUAAAAAACGGCACGGACACAUUUGCGGCCUGGGAAAAUCCACCGGCACACAUCUACAUGCAGUUUUACUUCUUCAAUCUCACAAAUCCCGCGGAGGUGUUGCUGGGUGACAGGCCGGCUGUGGUCGAGAUUGGUCCGUAUACAUACAGAGAGUACCGGCCUAUGGAGCAGGUUGACUUCCAGGAUAAUGGCACUAAAGUAGCAGCUGUCAACACUAAAACCUACAUUUUCGUGCGUAACAUGUCCCGAGGUCCUGAGAGUGACCUCAUCAGGACGGUCAACAUCCCUGCCGUGACGAUAAUGGAGAAAUUUAAGGACAGCCUAUAUCUUUCCAAUAUUAUCUCCUCCCUCAUGAAAUAUCUUGAUGAAAACCUCUUCACCACCCGCACAGUGGGAGAGCUUCUGUGGGGAUAUGAAGAUCGCCUCCUUGCAGACUUCAAAAAGUUCCAGCACGACCUGGAUGAUGUUUUCGGACUCUUCUAUAAGAGCAAUGCUUCAAACGAUGGGGAGUAUGUGUUCUUCACCGGUCAACAGAACUACAAGGACUUCGCUAGAGUGGACACAUGGAACGGUGGAAGUUCCUUGAGCUGGUGGACAUCUGACGAGUGCAACAUGAUCAAUGGGACCAACGGCGCCUUUUUCCACCCAGUCAUCACCAAGAGUGAGACUCUCUACAUGUUCUCCUCUGACCUUUGCAGGUCUCUGUACGCUCUGUAUGACAAAGAGGUGACGGUGAAGGGGGUCCCCGGGUAUCGAUUCGUCCCCCCCUCCAAGGUGUUUGCCAAUGUGUCUGUGAACCCGGACAACGCAGGCUUUUGCGUGCCUGCCGGUAAUUGCCAGGGCUCCGGUGUGCUGAAUGUCAGCCCAUGUAAACAAGGAGCUCCCAUCAUAAUGUCUUCACCGCACUUCUACGAGGCAGAUGAGAAGUUUGCUCAGGACGUGUUUGGCAUGAAACCUGACAAGGAGCAGCACCAGACGACCAUUGAUAUUCAUCCGCUAACGGGAAUCGUCCUGCAAGCAGCGAAGCGUCUCCAGAUUAACGUCUAUUUGGAGCAGAUGCCCAGGUUCAGCCAAACAGGAAACGUGAGGACGGUGGUCCUCCCUGUGGUUUAUCUCAACGAGAGCGCCCUCAUUGACGACGCCUCAGCCAAGAAGCUGCAGAUGAUCGUCAUGGAGAAGGAUGUCGUGGAGAACAUCCCGUUCAUGCUGAUUGGUCUGGGCAUUAUUCUGGGAGUAGUCUUCAUGCUGUUGAUGUGUCGACAGAGAGUCCCUGAGAGCACCUCCGCUGAACGGCAGCCGCUCCUCUCGUCAUAGCACACAGGCCGUGAAAGGAGGAAGACUGCUGAGUUUGAAGUGUAACAUCAAAGGCUAGAUGGUGUCCAUUGUGUCUUUUCGAUUAAUAAUGUGUUACCGUUUUUCCUUUAUUUCAGACACUGAUUUCUUUGAUAAUAGGAAGAUGUUGCUCUCUUCUGAGGAAGGUGUAAGUUUCCGCCGGAACAUGUCGAGGUACGAGUAACAUCUUCCUAUUAGGUAGAAAUCAGUGUCUGAAAAAAGGAAAAAAAGGGUAAUAUAUAAUUUCAAAGGCUCAAUGAAUCUAAAAUUUCCACCAUUAAUCCCCAAGUAACAGCUUCCACUGAUCACCAGCAUCAACCUUUUAAUCGUUUUUUUUUUUUUUAAAUGUUAAUGGUUUUUGGAAACAAGGUAAAGAGGAUGGUGCGCUGCCUCUGUAUCGUUUACUGGGUUUGAGGUUUAAUGGUUUGGUUUUAUAUUUCUAAGAAAAACCGAGGUUUGGAUUGAGAUAACCUGAACUGCUGAAUACUUGCCAAAUCAAAUUUGUCGUGGAGAGCCUGCUUAGUCCGAGCAAAUCAAACCUCCAGCAAUAUAAGCGGGAAAACACUAUGCUCUUAUUUGACCGUAGCCAUAUUUUAUAUGUGUGUAAGUGCAGGGUUUCUGCAACAACGGAAGGAUAAACGUCACUUUAACGAGUUUGCUUUAAGAAGAACAAACUCAAGCAAAGUGACAUAAGUUGAGCUGUGCAAAGUGACAACUGACAGAAUGUUUCUAAUCUUUUAAUGUGAAUAAUGAUAUGUGUGUAGCCUUGAAAGGUUUUUAACAUAAAGUGAUGUUGAGAAUAUCUCAAUUGAAGGUUUUCGUUUGGACUUUUGCCUCAUGGAUCAUGAAGUUUAAUGCAGUUUAAUCAGCUUCAUUUUAAAACAAUGUUCGUGUAGCCAAGCCCGACACGCCUACAGUAUGGGUGCAUGUGUGUGAUGUGGACUAGGAGCCAAGCAGUAUUUCUCAGUAGGUAUCAGGAUAAAGGGACAGCUUUUGCCAGUUUGUCUAGAUGGUUUGAAACCCACCAAGAUAUUUUCUUUCCCUUAAUUCCAGUUCUUGUCACAGAAUCUACUUAUAGUUUUAAAAAAUCAGUUCAUAAGCAACUUUACAUCAGUGACACUACUAAUAAGUAUUAAGAAAAAAAAACAUUUUUAACCCAUUUUAACCCAUUUGUCUAAUUUUUAUGAUUGUAUUUUGCACUUUUAAGCAGCAUUUUAUGAAUUUAUUGAAGGCUAAAGCCAUAGUUAUCUACUGGCCUAUGACUGUCUAAACGUCCUCUUAAAUCUAUCUUCUGUCCAUCGCUGCUAACAAUGGCUUUACAAUGUUGCGAUUUCUGUAACCACUAUCCGCUGACAAGAUGUCCCCUCUGUGUGUUUUGUAAUGUAAGUGAUCUCGUUUACACCACUACUCUAUAGUCAGAUCAGAACUCUACAUGUAAUCUCUGUUUACAUAAUCUCUAUAGGUCAUGUCGGUAACCAUUUGCACAGUGUCUCAUCUGCUUUAACGUGAAUAAUUUUGCUUUCGUACUCUCUGAAGGCGUGUGUGCGGCUUGGUCAUUACUUGACCAGGUGAUGAAUCAUUACUAACAGGUGCUUUUCAUAUUGUCCAGAGGUCAUCAAUAAAACUGACUCACUUUGUGGCAAAA